AUGGGGCUGAGGGAGAUCGAGUCCACAUUGCCGCCGGGGUUCAGGUUCUAUCCCAGCGACGAGGAGCUGGUGUGCCACUACCUCUACAAGAAGGUGGCCAACGAGCGCGCCGCGCAGGGGACCCUGGUGGAGGUCGACCUGCACGCGCGCGAGCCAUGGGAGCUUCCAGACGCGGCGAAGCUGACGGCGAGCGAGUGGUACUUCUUCAGCUUCAGGGAUCGCAAGUACGCGACGGGGUCGCGCACGAACCGCGCCACCAAGAGCGGCUACUGGAAGGCCACCGGCAAGGACCGCGAGGUGCGCAACCCGGCCACCCGCGCCGUCGUCGGCAUGAGGAAGACGCUCGUCUUCUACCAGGGCCGCGCCCCCAACGGCGUCAAGUCCUGCUGGGUCAUGCACGAGUUCCGCCUCGACUCGCCGCAUACGCCACCAAAGGAGGACUGGGUGCUCUGCAGGGUGUUCCAGAAGCGGAAAGACAGCGAGCAAGACAACGGCGGCUCCUCGUCGCCGACCUUUGCCGGUGCAUCUCAGUCGCAGGGGGUUCUGGCGGACCAGCAGCCCAGCAUGAUGGACGCGUACGUAGUAGACCAGCCGGGCUCUUCCGUCGGAUUGGCACCGCCGCAUCAGGAGAACCUGAACCUCGGCGGCGGCCUGGACGCGUUGCUGAUGAACGGAGGAGCGAUGUGGCAGUACACCUCGUCGUCGGUCUUCGAUCACUUCCCGCAGCAGGAAGUGAGCAGCUCACCGAUGAUGGGGCUAGUCUCCAGGGGAGGAGGAGGAGACGGGUGCAGCUUCUUCUACGACAGCGGCUUCGAGGACAUGGCCAACAUUGGGGGCAUGGGGUUCCCACAGGGAUGGAUGGGCUGA